AUGGAGUACGAAAAAAAGUAUGACGAUUUCACGUUGGAUUGGUCUAAGCCGAUCCUGGUUUGUAUAACGGGUGCGUCGCGUGGCAUUGGUCGACAAAUCGCCGUUGAUUUUGCGUCGCGGUGCAAUCCUGCCUCGAAAUUUAUCCUGCUGGCUCGGGACGUAAAAGCCUUGGAGGAAACAAAAAGUCUUUUAGUCCAGGCCAAUUCGUCACUUCCGUCCUCCAACGUCACCGUCAUAAACAACGAUCUGGCUAACCCCGGUAUAACUCCCUUCAACGACACAUUAGAUCACGUUUUGUCCGAUAUAAAUAUGGACGAAUUCAACAGUGCUUACCUCGUUCAUAACGCAGGGACGGUGGGUAAUUUGAAAGAGGCCGUGUCUUUGGACGAUCCGCAAGAGUGGCGCAAACACUUUGACAUCAAUUUCGUCUCCGCCACCCUCCUGACCUCCGCCUUUGUUACCAAGUUGCGUCGUCGCAUCAAACGCCUUGUGUUGGUUAACAUCACAUCGCUGUGCGGCCGGUUACCGUUCAAAGACAUGGCAAUGUAUGGUACAAUGAAGGCGGCCCGCGAUCAGUACUUUAGGGUCGUGGCCCUGGAAAAUCCAACACCGAUCGUUACCGUAUUGAAUUACUCCCCCGGGCCGGUCGACACCGACAUGUACAACUCUGUGGCCGAGAAUGCCUCCAAUGCAGAAGUUAGGAAGAUGUUCACGGAUGGGAAGGCCAAUAUUUUGACGACCAAACAAACCGUCUCCAAGUUUAUCGAGAUUUUGCUGAAGGACGAUUACGAAUCCGGCACUACGAUUGAUUAUUUCGAUGCCGAGUGGGAGUUGAGAAAGACCUGUCUGGAGACGGUCAAGAAUGUUCCUCCUUUCUCCCAACAGAUAAAAGAAUAAAAUUUAUAUCAAAAUUUAAUUAUUGGUAUUUGGUUCCAUAUUAUAUCAAAACUAUUAUAAAUGUAAUUUUAAUUAAUUGUAUAUUUGGGGUUGGUAGUUUAAAAACACCUGUUAUAAUUUUACAUUUAUAUUAUUGGUAAUAUUAACUUUGCAUGUUGGUAUAGAUUAUUUUUAUAUGGAAAUAAUGUUCCAAAAAAGUUAUAUAUUUAUUAAAAAAGUAAAAUGUUAUAUAUAAUAAAUAAUCAUUAACUUUUUUGGCAACAUUAUGGACCAAAUUUUAUACUCUAAUUUUCUAUUUUUGUAAAGUUUGUUUAAAAUGUUUGACACUAUAGUAUGUCUCUAUUAUUA